UGGUUGAUCGCUUCGCUUCCCGGGGUUAUUCAUUAAAAGACAAAAUCGGUGAUCGAAUGAUAAAACAGUUACUGAACUCGGUUUUCGGUAAAUAUCGUGAUAUGUCAUCGUCUCGGAGAUCAGUUAUUUGCCUCAGCCUUCGGCCUCGGCAAAUAAUAGAUCUGCUCGCCACUGACAAAUCACAAUAGUUUGCUUAGCCUCGUCCAAUAGUUUCUUCAAUAUGUGGACAGUCGACGUCUCAAUACUGUGGUUCAACAAGAGGUUAUCCUAACACAAACUGCAUUCCUUUAGAAGACAGAGUCGACUAAGCAUAAUCUGAAGCGCGCUUAGAAUUAAAGAAACGUCAAAAAUAGAAAGACUUUUACUUCAUCACGUUGUUUUCAUUCAUUGUUUUUUCCAUCUUACCUUUGUAGGAUCAAGAGACCAAAGCUUAAUUCUUGAAUGCCUCAAGACUGUCAAGGUGCCAAAGUUCGAACCCAAAUCAGGUAUAACCUUUUUUUUUAAGGGAGGUCUCCCCCACGGGUGCCCUUUUGAGAGAGGCACGUUAACCGCGUUACCCGGGUAAAAUUGUGAUUUUCGUGUGCGGCUUUACUAUAAACUAGCUUUUGUUUAUCGUGUUUGACGGAUAAACACACCAUUUAACCCCUGCUAACUCGCCAGUAACUUUUGGUCCAAAUUUUUCUUGCACUUGUCGGAAUUCCAUUUUUAUUGCUCAACCUUCACUUUUCUUUUUUGCAAACAAUGACUGCUGGGUGAAAGGUGAAACCAGCUUUGAUCCUCAGCCGUUUCUAUGAGAGCAAAUUUCUCCGUAAUUUCCUCUUGAAAUACACAAACGUCCAGAAAUGAACAAAUAAUUUCUUAUAACCUGCGAUCAGGCGGUCCUUCUUCCCUUUUUGUUUGAAAAAACAACAACAACAACAACAAAAACGCCUGAUCGCAGGUUAAAUUUCUUAUAAUUUACUUUUCUGCAGAUCGAUAAGAAAGGAUUCCUGUCACCAGUAGCCACUUAACUUGUUGUCGUUCCAUCGGGUAAAAACUCUAAGCGUCGCGCUUGCCCAAAAAAAGUGCAGCAUGCCCUGUGAGGCAUCUGAAAUUCACUUCCUUAUCCCCAAGAAAUUAUCCGUGAUAAAAGUUGUUUUACUUUCUCCAGGCGUAAAGAUCGCAGUUACCGAUGAGGAGGCAGCACAGGAAAACUCUGGAGGCCUAGGUAAUUGUUUCAGUAGUUCAAAGUAUCUUAAGUGUUACAUUUUGUGUCUAGGCUGUUGGUUUGGUGUUAGGUGUUAGGCGUCCAAUGAUCGAUUGUUCUUGUGAGAAACACUUUUCAGGAAAAUCCAGUUUAUGUAAGGGAUGUUUGGACAAACAUAAAGCAAACCUGUCCGAUUAGAUAUCAUGACUAAUUUUAAAGGGUACCGUUUUUCCCUCAACGAAGGUUACUAUUCGACUGUUUGGCGGUGUCCUAGAGCUGAAAUUGCACCGAAAUUUUUACAAAUUUUACAAGGAGUCAAUACACUAUUUGUUAUUAAGAAAGUAUAGUUAUUGGUUGUUAAAAGGCAUGUUUUGUUCAUUUCUAGAGGGAGAUGACGUUGAGCAGAUAAAGAGCUCUCUACCAACACCACACAAACUGGCAGGCUUCAAAAUGGCACCUGCUGAUUUUGAAAAGGUGCGUUCUUUAUUUUGCCUUUCAAAGAAAUAAUUCGCUUCCAGGAGCAACGCAGUCCUUUUAAAUCUAUAAUUUAAUGUUCGCUUUUUAAACUACUGAGCCAUACGUUCAUGAAGUGGUGAUGAACGAACAGUACUUUCGUUUGGGUUUUAUUUUAUUCUUUUUGUGCUUUAGACAAUAAUCCAUUUACAAAUUAGCUGUAGCCUCGUUUUCGAAGCGAGUCCCGAUGCUCGUCCUUUCACACGCCACUUGCACUUCUCCCAUAGUGUACCUUAUUUACCCCCAAAAUUUUGCAUAAUCUCUGUUUUUCAUUUCUUCUGGGUAUUACAGCCGUCCCGCGUAUGCGAAAAUAUCUUUCCAUUCUCGCGCAAAUGAAACGCAUGCUCUUGUGAAUAAUUGUGCACCACUGCAGGGUUGGAAAAACGUUCUAUCCACUAGUCCGGGGCAAGUAGUAUUUCUUGCUGGGCAGGUGACUUUUAUACCUCAGUUGACCAAUGGACAAGAGUCAGGCAAGUCAUUCUCUAACAAAAUCAUUAACUAAGACAAGUAAGAAGUGGCCCUGGUCAAGCAAAUGUGGGGGCUACUUGCCCAAACGACAAGCUUGAAUUCAAGUUUUUUUUUCCAGCCCUGACGAGGACUCGUCUUGAGAAAGAGGCUCAGAGCAACUCGGAAAUGUGCUAUUCAAAAGGAACAUAUCGAACCGAUGGUUUGUUUGCUUGUUAUUAAUUCUGAAAUAUGCGUGAUAAAUCCUCUCAUUGAUCUGUUAAAGGAUGAUGACACAAAUUUCCACAUGGAUUUCAUCGUGGCAACCUCCAAUCUGAGGGCAGCUAACUACGACAUCGCGCCAGCUGACAGGCACAAGGUAUCUUACCCUAUCCCCAGAGAAAAAAUAGACGUCGUUCACCUCGUCUCCAGGCUCUCUCUUCUUCCCGUUCCGUGGAGCUCCUGAGGAAGGAAGAGAGGCCCUGAGAACCAGGUUGUAACUUGCCCAAAGAAACGUAUUACACAGUGAUGUUUUUUGUUUGUAUUUUUCUUUGCUUGUUUUUCUGUUUGUGAUAAAUGGAAAUGGAAAUUUAUAUUAAUAUAUCACAGUCUAGUCUGCAAAACAACGAAUAUCGGUUUAUUUAAGGCGUCCAUAUGUGACUUUCGCGCGAAGCGCGCUAGUUUCACACGCCCCUGCGUCUCUUCCUAGUCUCCCAUUUUGUUGUCACCCACGCACCUCAACUUUUAUUUGACCGCUUCUACGUUCUGAACCUGCGCAUAAAAUCAGGGCUGGUGACAUUCUAACUCGAAAAAUAGAAAUUCUGAGUUCCCAACGGUAAUCGAGCCCUUGAACUUCUAGCAUCUGGUUGUUUUUUAUUUUAUUUUCCCAUUAUUAUUUUAUUUGAUUACCAGUAUGUUGUUAUUCUUCCCGUAGAGUAAGCUAAUUGCCGGCAAGAUUAUUCCCGCCAUUGCUACCACAACUGCUUUGGUCAGCGGACUGGUGGCUCUAGAAUUGUACAAGGUGGGUACUUGAUUUGAACCUCUCAUAUCGUCAGAAAAAAUUGACAAAGCAAAUGAAAGUUUCAGAAGCACUUUUCAUGAGCUUUUAUUUGAAUGGUCACACUGUAUACCAUUGCAUAUUCGCAGCCUCCAAAGUUAGAACUGCGUACAAAAUAAAUACGGUCAUCUGAAAGUACUGCUGAAGAAGUUCACUUGAAUAGUCACACCAUAGGAUUUUAUCCGCAGGCUAAAAAGUUAAACUACAUAUUGAUGCCGGUAGGGAAAUGGUUCAUCCUUUACCCGUCAAUGACAUCUCGGCUUUUUUAUUCAAUUUGACGAACAGAUUGUUCAAGGCAACAAGAAACUGGAGACCUACAAAAACGGAUUUAUCAAUCUUGCUCUGCCUUUCUUCGCUUUCUCUGAGCCUAUCAAAGCACCGGCGAAUAAGGUAAGAAUACUUUUAAAAUUCAUUUGUUUGCAUUGACGGUCAUUGAAGAGGGAAUUUUAGACAAAUUUGGUUGUUUCUGUCCUAAACUCUGCGAAAUUAGUAAAGAUAAACGACAACCCAUACUGCAAAACUGGUGCUAUUGUUGCCUAUAGUGUUGCGCAACAUUAGGUCUACAGUACGUAUUGACAAGUAGAAGUUCACUGUUUUCCUAUGCGUGCCAGUCAGGGGAAAGGAGCGAUAUUCAAUGUUGAGGCUGGCUGUCAAAAUGGAAGCCCCUGGAUACUCCAGGCAUCCAACCUUCAUCAAGCGAUGGGUUGUUAACUGGAAUUAAACGUUUUUAAUUGUUUUUUUCAGUAUUACGACGUAGAGUUCACGCUCUGGGAUCGGUUCGAAGUGAACGGUUUGAAUGAAGCUGGCGAAGAGAUGACUUUGAAACAACUGUUCGACUACUUCCAGGUAAUAACUUAAGUACUUCAAUUGGUUUGGCUGUCACUGAGAUUAUACGACACCGUAUUACGAUACCUCUGAAUGGCAUCGAUGUUAGUCCAUGGCAGGGUUAACCCCAGCAUUAUGUCGCCGGUACACAUUUAUACAUCAGGCCCUGGUUGUUCAAACGUUGGAUAGUGCUUUCCACUGAAUAAAUUACUCACCAGCGGAUAGGUAUUGUGAAAACUAAUUGUGAAAUCCACUGAAUAAAGAUUUAUCCAGUGGACAGCGCUAUCCAAAAAGUGGGGCCUCAGUGGAGAGAGAAAACGCGUCGAAACGUUUCUUGGCUAAGGAAACAGUGAUAUGGGGACUCUUGAACACAGACCUACUGAUCAAAAGUCUAAUGUAUCUGUUGUAGUUAAUUUUUUAUCUCAGGUAAUUUUACAGAUCAAAAGUCUAAUGUAUCUGUUGUAGUUAAUUUUUUAUCUCAGGUAAUUUUUAUUUUUCUUUUGUUUCAACUUCAUUUGCAUACAAUGCCAUACCCCAAAGCAAAAAAAAAAACGAAAAUUAGCUGGGAAGAAAAAUUAACUGCAACAUAUCCACCCACUUGGUCACUAUGUCUCCUUUUGCUUUUCUUUCUCUUUUUGUGUCUUAUUCUCUUAAGAAUUUGUUGUUUUAUUUUCAGAAUAAGCACGAACUUGAAAUCACGAUGAUUUCCCAAGGCGUCUGCAUGUUGUAUUCGUUCUUUAUGCCUCCUGCUAAGAUGAAGGAAAGACUAGCCAUGAAGUAUGUUGGUAGCCAUUGCUUGUGUUACCCAGCCACAAUUUCAAUAGCCUAUGAAUAUUUUUUCCCCAAACAGAGAGCCUGUUCACAGGCUACAAUUUCAAAAAUAUUAAACUCUUGGUGUUUCCUUAUAUAACCCUGUUACAAAAUUUAUGCAAGUAAAUCUCAGUGUACUGCUGGCUUGCACUUGACGUCAGGGCGGUCAUGUUGGUAGUCAAAAACAAAAGCUUUUUUCUCCUUUGGCAACUAAACUCCAUUUUCAUGUAAAUUCUUCAAGAAAAAAUAUAUCCAUUGUAUUUACCCCCAACAUGGCCGCCAUGUCACGUGGUUUCAAACCAAGAAUUCGCCACUUUUAAAACGCGAAAGAAACUGGUGCGAAUUAACUUUCGCAAAGGCUUCUGGUACAGUCACGAGGGACGGGAAAAAAAAUGGCCGAUGGCUUCAUUUUACUACUACGACCAUAAUCCUUUUCUUUUCCCUUUCAUAUUUAAAUUUGAUAAUCCUAGCGAGGUUUAAGUAAUGAUCCGGGUAAGGUGGAUAGCAACUUCUUUUGUUAUGCGGCAACGGUGCUUUCCCACGGAGGAAUGUUCUAAUGUUUACACAGAGAAUACAUAAACCUACAUAAAGGCCGUUUACCCAAUAAAAUGUAUUUACACUCCACUUUGAAAGGGUGUUUUUUGUGUUAAAAGAUUUUGACCAAUCACAAGAGUUGAAAACAAUAGCCGAGAAAAGUUUACAAUUUUACAUGUUCCCCACAUAGGAUUUCUUUGUUAUUCAAACUGAGACCAGAUUUUGUUAUAUGGAAGAUGGUUGGAAAGUAAGGAUGAAUAUAUGUACUGCUUUAUAAAGUUUUGUUAACUUUUGCUGCUUAAGCCAAUCAGAAGUAAGUACAGACCAUAGAAAAGUUAGCACCUUUUUUGCAUUCCAACAUGUUCGUUGCCGUUGUUGCUAUCGUUCUUAUCUGGACCGUUUCUUAAACAACGAAAGACCUAAUUUGCACAGGUAAGCAAAACCCUGAAGGAUUCUAGUUGUAGUUGUAGUAAAAUGUCGUCAUAGUGCAAAUGACCAAUCGCUGGCCGGCGCGUGCCCUGUAAGGGUCCCAGAAGUAAUUGCGGGACGCAUUUCGGCUCCAGUUCCUUUCUUGCUUCUGAGUUGGCGAGUUGUUGCUGGGAGGGUGAGGCGUUUAUUCGGGCGUUGCUGAAUAUUAUUCUUGCUCCAAAGAGCGGCGCUAUUUAAGUUAAUAUAGUGCUAUUCAUCGUAUUGUUUUUUGUUUACCUUCCUGUAGGGUGUCUGAAGCGGUUGAGAAAAUCUCCAAGAAAAGAAUCAAGCCCUACGUUAAAGCCCUCGUCCUCGAGUUGUGCUGCAAUGACAAGGAGGGAGAAGAUGUCGAGGUCCCGUAUGUUCGUUAUCGCUUCCGGUAAACUCGACAUCGGGGGUUCCAAAUUUUAGUUACCAGUCGUACGACAUGUGUCUUGGAGAAAGUAACUAAUAGAUAGAAAGUAAAUUCGAUUGACUGCGGCUAAAAGCCUUUGUGAGAAUUUUAUUUCUAGUACAAUUUUUUUCUCUAGUUACUCAGCAACUAUGUAAAAGUACCUUUCCUUUAUUAAAGAAAUUGACGUGC